AUGCAAGGAUAUAAGCGCUUUGUUGUGAAGGAUCCACAAAAGGCGCAUCUAUUUUAUAUGCCAUUUAGUUCACGGAUGCUAGAGUACACUCUAUAUGUACGUAACUCUCACAACCGUACAAACCUAAACCAAUUUUUGAAGGAAUAUUCUGAAAAAAUUGCAGCAAAGUAUCCUUAUUGGAACAGAACUGGUGGAGCAGAUCAUUUUCUUGUUGCUUGCCAUGACUGGGAAGGGAUGUGUCUCUUCGGGAAACAUAUGUUCGUUCUGCGAGAAAUCCUCUUAGAGAUCUUGGAGGCAAACCCCCUUCUCAGAGGCAGAUUCAUGCAUGGCUAUUUACGUCCAAUUCUGAUAGAGCACUGGAAGGACAAAAGCCCUGAUAUGAAGAUCUUUGGUCCAACGCCUCCUGGUGUUGCAAUCAAAAUGAACUACAUCCAGCAUAUGAAGAGAAGCAAAUACUGUAUUUGCCCCAAGAGUUACGAGUGUAAUGCAAAUCCACAAGUUAGAAAAGAUCCAAAGCUCCCAAACUCUAUAAUCCUCCAUUGUCAUCAUCUCCUUGGGAGGCCUGCGAUCUAUGGUAUCCGCGCAGAAGAGAUUCCAGAUGAAGCAAAGUAG